CGCGGGCCCAUUGGAGUGGCCGCUGGACGCGUGCGCAGGACCCGAUGGGUGCCCGGACGCGGAAGAACUGGCCCCGCGGAGGUUCCCGCUUCUGAAGCGUGGGAGGCGGAAAAUACUGCAGGUUGUAGAUUUCGGUCUUAGCCCCAACUAGUUCCCCUAGACCUUUAGAACCCGAGACAGGAAGAGGAGGCACCGCGGCGGCGGCUGAGAGGCCGAACCCCCAACCUGUCCUCGAGGCGGGAGGGGGGCAGGGAGGGGAGAAGCACAGACCCCAGGGCUGAGGAGCCUCCGGGACAGGGUCCGGGAGCAUGGGGGGCUGGACCGGGUCCCCGAGCAUGGGGAGCUGGAGCCGCCAAGGCCGCCUGGCCGGGUCCCACCCGACUGUCAGGUCUUCGGUGCUAUCGCUGCCCGGGCAGCCGCAGCGUCUGUAGCCGGGCCCCGCUCCUGGUCCUCAGCCGGAAAGAUAGCAGCAUGAGUUCCGCCGCUGCCUAGUUUCCUCCCCCACCUCCUCUCCCUCUGUCCUUCUCCUUCCUCUCUCCUUUCCCCCGACCUCCUCCUUCUGCCCCUGCGCUCCUCUUUCCCCUUUCCUCUGUCCUCCUCCCUCCCCUCUGCCCUCUUCCUUCCCUUCCCUCCCCCGCCCCCUUCCUUCCCUCACCCCUUCCCUUCCCUUUCCCCCCUCUGCCCUUCUCCUCUUAUCCUCUCUGUCCUUCUGCUUUUCCAUCUAUCUUUUCCCUCCCUCUUCUCUCCUCCCUCCAUCCUUGUUCCCCCUCCAUCCUCCUCUUUCCUCCAUCCUUUUCCUUCAUUCUGUCGCCUUCCACCACUACCUCUCCGUCCUCCUCCCCUGCCUCACCAUCAUCCUCCCUUUCCUCAUCAGCAUCCUCCUUCCCUCCUCCUCCUCCUCUCCUACUUUUCUCCGCCCCCAGCCCCCCCCCCCCCCCCCAGCCCCCGCCCCUUAGCCCCCGCCCCCAGCUGCCAGUCCCCAGCAGCUCAGUCCUGCAGUGAGAGUCUUGGGAGUCCAUAGCUAAGCACCAGGAGCUGAGCACUGCCCGCUGUGCCUGCCUGCAAGUCUGACAUGGCUCAGGAGAAAAUGGAGCUGGACUUUGAGCCUAACACAGCUGAUGGGGGAACCCUGAGGAGAUCCAGCAGUGCUCCCCUAAUCCAUGGACUCAGUGACCUUUCACAGGUUUUUCAACCUUACACGAGAACUCGGAGGAAUAGUACAACGAUUAUGAGCAGUCACAGCUUGUUGCUGUCAUCCUCACCUAAUCGUAUUCCUAGUAGCAGAUUGCAUCAGAUCAAAAGGGAAGAAGGCCUGGAUAUGAUGAACAGAGAAACUGCACAUGAAAGGGAAAUGCAAUCGGCAAUGCAGAUAAGCCAAUCUUGGGAUGAGAGCUUGAGCCUGAGUGAUAGUGACUUUGACAAACAGGAGAAAUUAUAUUCUCCUAAGAGAAUUGACUUCACUCCAGUUUCUCCAGCACCUUCGCCCACCAGGGGAUUUGGAAAGAUGUUUGUGAGCAGCAGUGGAUUGCCACCAAGUCCAGUUCCCAGUCCAAGACGAUUUUCAAGCAGGAGAAGUCAGAGUCCGGUCAAGUGCAUUAGACCCAGCGCUCUUGGUCCUCUUAAAAGAAAAGGUGAAAUGGAGACAGAAAGUCAGCCCAAGAGACUCUUCCAAGGCACUACCAAUAUGCUGUCUCCGGAGGCUGCGCAACUGUCUGAUCUCAGUUCAUGUUCAGAUAUUUUGGAUGGCAGUAGUAGCAGCAGUGGCUUAUCCUCAGACCCGCUGGCUAAAGGCAGCGCUACCGCAGAGUCUCCAGUAGCAUGCUCCAAUUCAUGUUCCUCGUUCAUCUUGAUGGAUGAUCUCUCACCCAAGUGACUUAAGCAUUUCUGAUUCAGCGUUUUAACUGCUGUUUCCUACAUAAAAUGUUCAGUGGGGAACGCAGAGAACUUUGAUCCAUAAUGAGGAUUAAAGUUUUACAGAUUUCACCCAUUCUGAUGCUAUUAUUACUCUUUGGCAUCUGUCUCCUCCAAAGUUCAAUUUUGUAAGCCUGGUGACCUUACUAAUACCUAGUUUUGCUGAUCUCAUUUUGAAUUUAGUGACUAAAUCUCAAAUGCUCAUUUUUGAUUACUUAGAGGAAUUUUUUUUUCUUAGUGCCUCAGAGAACACCUAUUUUGAGUCUAUACAUUUAAGGAAGGCACUGAUGUGAAUUAUCUUGAAUGAUUCUUUUUCCCAGCAGUGAUAUGACAGAUUUGAUCAGAAAUUCUCUUGCUUGAGAGAUUUUUUUUUGUUCUCUGUUGACUACAUAGUUGCAAUCUCUCUCUCUUUAUUUCAUGGUAGUAUAUAAAUUGCUUUUGAUUAUAUUUCAUUUUUAUUUUUCUGCAUCAGCUUAAAGUACAUUAUUUUGUUUCCCUUUCCUGUUUGAGCUGCUUACGCCAUUUCUCACAGAGGGGAAGAAAUACAUAGUCGCUUUCAUUACCCUUAUUGCUUCUUUGCUGUUGGGGUGUGUGAAGUGAGCAUUGAUUUUAGUGCUGAGAAAGUAAAUAGACUUACAGGAUGCCUGGAUUAGUCACCACAGGUUUUUAUGACUUUGUACCACAGUUGAUAUAUUUCUCCUCAAACCUGUUGCCCUAAGGAAUAUAUAAAAUAUUGUUGAUAUUUCUAGGUGGUGUUAUCAAGGAGAAGAAAUUCCUGCCUUGACCAGAUGUGUGGAGCAUCUACAAAUGAAUGAAUAGUUAUUUACACACAAAGCACUGUGUACAAAAGCGUCCAUGGAGCUGUCAGUGUCUCGGGUGGAAUUAUGAGGCCUUAGGUGCCUUGGGGUACAUUGUUGUGCUAUAAGGGAUGUAUAUCAUAAGGUAUGGUGGAAGAGGGGAUUUAUGUAUAUGAUUGCCACAUACUGUUUCUGUUGCUGCUUUUUUCCGGUUCCUUUUUGUCAUUAGAUUUGUUUGUUUUGUCAUGUGGUGAAUGGUGUUUUAGUUAUUGUGUUGUCACCAGACUCAGAAUCCAGUUCUUGUUCAUACUGCCUUAUAGUGAGGGCAGUUUAAUAUCUACAAAGAAGCUUUUAGGAGCUGAAAAAGUCAAUGUGAUCGUGCAUUCUGCUUUUAGGAAGCUGUUUCAGCUAUGAACUGUGUACAUGCUGUAAGUGUGAGGUACCAUACGUUAUUUAAUUUUUAGGAGAGGAAACUCCUGAGUGAGCUGUUUAAGAAAUCUGAGUGUAAUCAACUGUUAUGUUCUUUAUAACUAGGUAAAAUGUCUGUCAUGCUAGAUUUCUUUUAAUGUUCAGAUAUUGUGGUUGGAUUGUCUAUAUUUAAUAUGCAGAUUUGCCUGCUGGAAUCAUACUAUUCCAUUUUUAAGUGAAUGUAAGAAAUGAAAACUACUGCAUUUGUGUCUUUUGAAGGCAAAGAUCCUUGGAUUUUAAAGGAAGAUUAUGUGCUUUGAAGGCACUCACGGACUAGUAAUAGCAUAUGGCUUGAAGGAAAACCCAUUCUCUUUCAAUUACAGGAGAGCAUCACUUAGUGUGCAGUAGUUCUGUUACAGCAGCCGAUGUGCCCUUUAUUUUAAAUUGUAACCGUAACAGCCAUUAAUGGCUUUAUUUCUUUUAUUGCUCUCAUCUGGGAAAAGUCCCUACUUCUUCAAACCUAACAUAAAUAUAUCUACUAUGAAGCUUGUCCCCUAGUAUGCCAUUAUAAAGAAAAAAUUCUUUGAUGGUAUGCAGUGUAUCUAUUCUGUUUGUAAAAGAUCAUGUCAAAAUGUUUCUGCCUCUAUAAUGAUAAUAGACAGUUUUGUCUUACAGGAGAUUGAUCCACCUACUGUCUUCUUUGCCUUAAAGGGACACUUGGCCAUCACUUUUAGGCUCGAACUUAACACUAUUAAGAAAUAACUGAAAUAUGAUGGUAUUUACAUUAAUUUUUGGAAUUCAGUGGUGUAGGAUUAGGUCGGGAAAUGGAAAUUGUUCCAAUGGUAUGAGAACUAGGAGACAAGAUGAUUCACUUUAUUAUUUAACCCAAGGUUCAUUUUUAGUUAUUUUUUGUUUAAAUGGACUGGAAAAUUAAGUUUUUUGCAGGGAUUGUUUUAAAAUAAAGACAUAGGCUAACUCCCAGGUGAACUUUGUUGAUAAGACCCCUUUAUUUUUAUAUAAAGUCUAAUGUUUGAAAAGUGAUUGUUAUAAAGUAAAAUUCUCUCUUCCUAUUCUAAUAUAUAUCAUAUAUUUCAGGCUUCUAUUUGAAAACAGGUAUAAGAGAUGAUAAAACUAUAAUUUUUUUUGCUUGGUUAAAUUAUAUAAUCACUGUUUCAUGAUUACUGCUUUUGAAAUAAUAGGAAGUUUUGUGAACUGCUGGCCUUGUGUAUAUCUUAGAAUGCAAAUUUAAUAAAGUAUGUAUACAUGCAUAAAAUUUA